AAUGAGGCUGAGGAGGAAAGCAGGGCUUGUGACGUCACACGAUUGAGCAGCCGGCGCGAAGAGGAGACCCAAAGAGCAGCGCGCGCCCGGGGGAACUAUACCAACAAGCCGCAGAGAGGAAAACUUUGAUCAGCUGGCAUGGCGUCAGAGGACAUCGCGCAGCUGGCGGACACGCUCUCCCGGAUCCGCGUCGGGGAUGGAGAGCUGAGCUACAAGGGUUUGGGUCUUAAGCUCGACGACGCCGAAUCAGUGGCGGAGCUGGUGCGGGACAUCCGGCGGUCCUCCGACCUGAGAGCUCUGCGCCUGGAGGGAAACACAGUGGGAGUGGAAGCAGCCCAGACGAUCGCCAAAGCUCUGGAAAACAAAGAGAUGCUUCAGAGAUGCUACUGGAGUGACAUGUUUACUGGAAGGCUGCGCUCUGAAAUCCCCACAGCCCUGAUGUCUCUUGGCGGCGCGAUAAUGGGCGCCGGUGCCAGGCUGACUGAGCUGGAUCUGAGCGACAACGCCUUCGGGCCGGACGGCGUGAAGGGCAUCGAGCAGCUGCUGAAGAGCGCCUCCUGCCACUCCCUGAAGGAGCUGCGCCUCAACAACUGCGGGAUGGGAAUCGGCGGAGGAAAGAUCCUGGCUGAAGCUCUGACCGAGGGUCACAGGCGGUCGUCGGCCCUCGGGGCGCCGCUCAGACUGAGGGUGUUCAUGGCGGGGAGGAACCGCCUGGAGAAUGAAGGAGCGAGCGCGCUGGCGAAGGCCUUCAAGUUGAUUGGCAGCCUGGAGGAAGUCCACCUGCCCCAGAACGGAAUAAACCACGCAGGCGUGACGGCGUUGGCUGCAGCCAUGCGCCAAAACCCGGAGCUUCGGGUCGUGAACCUGAACGACAACACCUUCACGAGGAGAGGAGCGCUCGCCAUGGCGCACGCUCUGCGGCCCCUCCGGAACGUCCAGGUCAUCAACUUCGGCGACUGUCUGGUGCGGUCCGAGGGAGCCGUGGCCCUGGCGGCCGUCCUGAGGGAGGGGCUGCCCACGCUGAGGGAGGUGAACCUGUCGUUCGGGGAGAUCACAGAGGCCGCGGCGAUGGCGGUGGCUCAGGCGGUCGCCGACAAGCCUAGCAUGGAGAAAGUGGACCUGAACGGUAACUGCCUGGGGGAGGACGGCUGCGAGGCGUUGAGGGACCUCAUGGAGAACGCGGACAAAGGAGACCUGCUGGCCUCUCUCAGCGACGAUGAAGGAGAACCUGACGAGGAGGAGGAGGAGGAUGAAGACAGUGAAAAUGAAGAUGAUGACUGCUGCGAGGAGAGCGAGGAAGACGGCGACAUCGUGAAGGAAAACGGAAUGACGGGAGGAGACAGUCCUUCAAAAUCCCAGAGCCAGGCAGAGGUCACGACCUUCCUCAGAUGUCCCUCAGUGGAGAAGCUCCGAGAGCUGAAGGCGGCUCUGCAGGAGCAGGUGGAAGCGUCUGAGCUCCACCAGGCCGCUGAGGUUCUUCUGAAGAUCGGUUCCCUGUAUAGCGAGGAACCAGAAACCAAAAGCCUCGUCCUGCAGACGUUUGGUGAGGUUCUGAAGAAGCUCCUGUCCGGUUCCGUCCUCCAAUCGUUCUGCUUCCUGUCCGCCCUGCUGGUCAUGAUGGGACUCCUCAAGGGGGAGGGAAAGGUGAGGAAGGCGUGCGUGGUUCCAGGUCACCUCUUGUGUUUGGAGCACGCCGUCCAGCAGGACUUCUUCUCGCAGCCUCACGCCUCGCUGCUCUUCUGCUUCACGUCCAGGAGUCGUGAAACUCUGGCGUCGGGCAGCGGCGCCUCCGAGAAGCUCAACGCCGCGCUGGAAAAGAAAUGCAAACGCUGACUCCGCCCACUUGCUCAUUCCUGUUCAAUUAACGAGUUUAAUUGCUAAAGCUACUAAAAUACUCCUACAGCCAUAAUGUGGACUUUUGAUUUGUAUGUUUAUGGAAAAAACAAACCCGUUCUGUCUGAAAUUGUAUUUUUUUACUGAAAUUUAUGACUUAUUUUUAUAGGAAAUGCAUAGAAAUAACAAAAUGGAUUGACUGGAUUUGUGGAACCAUUGGAAUAAUUAACAUCAUGUUUAGUUUUUUUCUAUGCUAAAGUGAAGGGAAUAAUCUGUGAAUGCAGAGGCUGCAGCUUCCUGUUUUACCUCAAAACGUGUAUCUGCUGGUGGAGGAACAGAAAAUGCUUUUUUAUGUAGUUUAUUGUUCAGAAAACAAUAAAAGCUGUUUGUUGACCCGCUG